UUGUUACAGAUGAACAGUUAGGACGAAUGACACUGAAGUGUUUUAGUUUAGGCUAUCGGAGGGAGGUUUAAUGCAGUGCACACAAGACUACAGAGUUUAAAAACAUGUUGAAAACGUACAGCAGAAAAACGCUGCUUUGCAUCGCGGGCGCGAGCGUCACCUGUCUGGCGCUGCUGUUGGUUGUAUCGCAGCAUCAGCGCGUUCACGCGGACGGGAUGCAGAACGGGAGUGAGAUCGGUUUGCGCUCGCUUCAGAGUCUCGGGGAACCAGAGGCCGAUGACGGAGAGCAGAAGGGAAAGAAAGGAUUUUCCACUUAUUUCUCCAAGCUGACGCGCAGCAGAAGAGACGCGGAGAAACCCGUCGACGCGUCCGGAGCGACAGACGCGACGCCCGCGGAGGACAUCAGCCACGAUGACAUCUUCAUCGCAGUGAAGACCACAAAGAAGUUUCACCGGUCCAGACUAGACCUGCUGCUGGACACAUGGAUCUCCAGAAACUUGCAACAGACUUACAUCUUCACAGACGGAGAAGACGAGGAACUAAAGAAGAAAAUCGGAAGUCACGCCAUCAACACCAACUGUUCUUCUGCUCACAGUCGACAAGCUCUGUCCUGCAAGAUGGCAGUUGAGUACGACAAGUUCAUCGAGUCUGGCAAAAAGUGGUUUUGUCAUGUGGAUGAUGAUAACUAUGUAAAUGUGAAGACGCUUGUGAAGUUGCUUUCCAACUACCCUCAUACUCAAGACAUGUACAUUGGCAAACCUAGUCUGGAUAGACCUAUUGAGGCAACAGAAAGACUCGGUGACAACAAGAUGAGACCUGUUAAUUUCUGGUUCGCUACCGGAGGUGCUGGUUUCUGUGUCAGCCGUGGUCUGGCUUUGAAGAUGAGCCCGUGGGCAAGUGGUGGCCAUUUCAUGAACACUGCUGAGAAGAUCCGUCUCCCUGAUGAUUGCACCAUUGGGUACAUCAUCGAGUCGGUUCUAGGUGUCCCGCUGACCCGAAGCAGCUUGUUCCACUCCCACCUGGAGAACCUGCAACAGGUGUCCAAAUCAGAAGUACACAAACAGAUUACAUUAAGUUAUGGAAUGUUUGAAAACAAGAGGAACAUCAUAAACAUGAAGGGGGCUUUCUCUGUCGAGGAGGAUCCAUCCAGAUUUAAGUCAGUUCACUGUCUGCUGUAUCCAGACACUCCGUGGUGUCCUCCUCAGGUUGCCUAUUAAGGUGACCGGCACCUCUCUUGUAUCCUCGUCCCUAAUUGCCUCGGUAUCUGAAAGGCAUGAGGGACCAGUGUGGUAUUAGGCCGUGCGACCGCUGCGUUUACUCUGCAGUGGCGUGCGGCUUUUCGUGGUUAUACUGGGCUGCUGUGCGGCCCGCCGUUAAACAUUAUCUUCUCGCAUGGUGCCUGAACUUCCUGUCCAAACCGGACGAAACAGAGGGCCCGGCUGAAGGAGGUUUUCAGCGCCAAGCUUUGCAGGCAAUCAACUGUGCUUUAUGUCAUUACCAUUGCUUGUAUCCCAUUUGCAAUUCUCAUAGAAUGUAUGUUGUUAGAAUACUCCAGCCUUUGCCAGCUUUAUACGCUUAGUUGAAAAUUCUCAUUAGCAAAUUAGCUUGUAUUUUAUAUUUUCUUAUCUCCAAAUAUCAUCCAGGAUGAUCCUUCCCUCAGGUUUGAUUUAAUGAUUUGAUUUUGCUAGUCUUUGUUUUGAAUUAUUCAUAAUGAAAGUUAAACAGGUGCUUAAAUAUUCUAAAGGACUCCGGACAAAAUUAAUGACAUGAAGGUCCAUUUUAUUAUUAGUUUAAUUUUUUUAACGUCAGUGUUAUUCGUUUUUUAUGAUGUUGUGCUGGCAAAAGGCAAUUUUCCAAAUAUGUCCUCAGGUUAUCUUAAUCUGUGACGUAUGAGGAUUAAGCACUUUUAUCCCUAAAUUCUCUGGAAAAUGUUUGAUGAUAAGAACUUAAAGCUGUGUAAAAAUGCCCCAAAUCUUUAGAUGUUUAUAUUAUUUAAUGCCAAUGCAUUUAAGCAAUCUUGGCAGAUUUUUGGCAUGAUUUAGCUUUGUUCAGAAAUACGGAUGUGAAAAUUGCACAGCUUGGUUUUAAAAACUGUUUGUUGCUCAUGCAAAGUGUCUCUCUGAGCAAUGGCUCAUUGGCAUUUACCCUCAGCUAUGUACAUUGUUAAAACAGAUGGCAGCUAAAGUUUAAGACGUGAUUAUAGGAUGGACCAAGUUCUCAGAUCCCAGUGAGGUCUGGCUUAGAGCCACAGUUCUUCUCAUUCUUUCAAAAGUUUGGCUGGCAGUCGGACAUCACUAUGCCUGCUAUACAAAACAUGUUGAUUGAGAGCUUUACAUGAGCAACUGCAGUGAUCCUAACAGAUUUUUUUAUUCUCUGUGGGAAUAACCCAUAUUGGGUGAGCUUGUAUAUGUUAGUUUAAAGCAGUAUUUAUGUACUGUGGCAUUUUAAAACAAUUGAAUUUGUACAAAAAUGUUCAGAUAUUUGGAUCAGACAUAGCUCUGAUAUUUGUUCUAGUUUUGUAAUGCUUUGAAUUUUGCUAUUGGCUGUAAGUUAUAUUCCAGUAUCUGGAUUUUUCAAUGGUUCAAAUGGUUCUGCUCAGGGAUCACAGUCCUGAUAUUGUUACCAUGGCAUGCCUUGGUAAAGGCUUUUGAAUAAAACAGCAUAUCCGCAAAGAAACUA